AUGGUCGAUUUCGAUGAAGUCUUUAGUUAUGAUACCUUCAAAGUCGUAAAAGUUAAGGACCGCCGUUUAGGAAUCUUGUAUCGAUCCUUUCAGAUUGCAAUUCUCGUUUAUCUCAUUACCGAAAUUGUCUUAAAACAACUUUAUUUAAAAAAGGAACCUCCUAUUCCUGGUGCUGUCCGAAUUUCCCUAAAAGCUCCAGAUAGCCUUAGUUUUCCUUCUUAUUGUAGUAGUGACAGUAAUAUACAAUGUGUUUUCUGGGGUGCAAACGAAAUUCAAUAUCCAGAAGACGGAGCAGGUGUCGCAUUCUUCACCACAAGGGCCACAGUGAGAACAUACCAACCUCCGACGGGAUGCGAUUUCUUGGUCGUUAGAAAUCCGAAUGAUCCUUGCUUUUUCAAUUCAAGUAGUUCCUCCGUCAACACUACAACCGUUUUAAAUAAAUCCUACAUAGGUGAUAUUGAAAAUUACACGAUGAUGAUUGAACACUCGAUCAGAGGAGAUCAGACAUCGAUUGCAUUGCGUAAUGGAUUGAUGGAUGGAACGUUGAUGUCUGCAGAUGGAAAGACGGAGAUCAAGAAAAUGACUAAUGCCACAAGGGUGCAAUCCAAUCCUAAAGCUGAUGGUGAUAUCUUCAAAAUUUCUGAUUUUCUUUCAGCAGCCGGUGCAGAUCUAGAUGCUAUAUCCUCGGCACCCGGUGCUGACCCAGGGGAAAAGUAUAGAUCUUCCGGAAUAGUUAUUGUCAUUUUGAUCGAGUACACCAAUGUUGUUACAAAGUCAGGCGUUAUUUCGUAUAAAUAUUUGCCUCAGGUGAUUGAAGGAAACGAGUAUAAGACUGAAAAUGCGGGACUUGAGCAACACGGAGUAAUUGGUCAAUUCGACUUCAUUGCCUUUCUCACGAACAUUGUUGCCAGUUUAGCUCUCUUCAAAGUUGCAACUACCAUAGUUGAAUUGCUUAUGUUGAAUUUACUACCACAGAAACAUAUAUACGAAGAGGCAAAAUACGAAACGACUGAUGACUUUUCGGACAUUCGCAAAAACUUAAAAGAUCGCGAAGUAUCCGAAUCAUAA